AUGUCACAAGAAAACGACAACACAGAGGCUUCGACGAGGCGAAGACCGCAACAGCCUCUAUCACGCAGUAUAUUCAACGUGCCGACGCCCAUCAAACAGCUGUUCGACAGAUUCCCACUGCUCACAUACCCCAUAAACGAUCUUCCGCAACGCGCGCCGCAGCAUCGCAACGCACCUGUCUUACAUAUUUUCACUACGAAUGAAGGUGCGCUGAGAGGCGCGCCAUCGUACAAUCCCGCAUGCUUGAAGUGGCAGGCAUAUCUCAAGUUCUCAAACAUCGAAUUCCGAGUGGCAGCUUCGAGUAAUCAUGCUUCGCCAAGUGGAGCUCUCCCGUUCCUCCUUCCCACGCAGCCGGACACUCUCAAGCCUGUACAACCAGUACCGUCUGGCAAGCUACAACGAUGGACCAUGAACAACAGUGAGACAGCGAGCGAAGAAUCGGGAGAUCUCCGCUACGAAGCAUACUCGUCACUUCUCGACCACCGCAUACGAAGAGCAUGGCUCUACAGCAUCUACCUCUCACACAACUUCACUUCUAUCGCCGAGCCGCUCUACAUCCUCCCUACAUCUAGCAAUCCCUUCGUCCGCCUUACAAUAGCGCGAGAGCUACGUCUUGCUGCCGAAAAGGAGCUACUCAAAUUCUCGGCAAUCGUCAGCGCGGAGACAGUAUACAACCAAGCAGAAGAGGCGUUUACCGCGCUUGAUUCGCUCCUUGGAGACAAUGAAUGGUUCUUUGGUGCAGAAAACCCUGGCCUGUUCGAUGCCAGCGUCUUUGCGUACACCCACCUGCUACUGGACGAUGGGCUUGGCAAAGGCUGGCUAGACGCACGACUGCGCGAUGCACUAAUAACGCGGCAGCACCUGGUUGCGCACCGGAACAAGAUCUUGGGACAGUACUUCCCUGACAUUUCGUAA